GUCCUAAAAAUUCUUUUCGUUAUUUGUACAUACGGUUUUGGUGAUCAAAAUUUGAGGAGUACAGUCUAUUUUUUAUUAAUAUUAGAAUUGGGACAAGACAUUCAGUUUUUUUUUAAUUUUUCACUAUUGUGUAUUCUAAGUUAAGUGUCCAGAGCUUUUUGGCAAAAUUUACCAAUUAAUAAUAUUGGAACAAGUUGCAAGUUGAAUAAGCUAUAUUUUUGCAAUUAUAUAUUAAAUAAAAUAAUUAGAUGAUUUAAAAUGAUUUAAUAAUUUUCAAUAGAAAAACUGUUUUUUUUAAUAUCAUUAAAAGUUAUUUCAAGUAUUUUGCAAAUAAAUCAAGAUUAUUUUAUAAAAAUUGAAUAGUAGAAAUUCCAGGAAGAUGGAAUGACAUUAGGAUAAUCUGUCUAUAAAGUGUAUAAAAUUUUAAAACUAAAAUAUAUGAUAAAAUAUCAUUGAAAUAUUAUAAGUAUAAUCAAUUAUUCUUGUGAAAAAAUGAAAUCAUGAUAAUUUAAAAAAAAUAAAAAAUUUUUUGGAAAAACUUAGUAAAAAGAAAAAAUAAAUUAGAAAGCAUAAUGAAUUAAUGAAUGAUGAUACUAUUAUAAAUGAUAAAAAAAAUUAGCUAUUGAAAAUAAUAUGUUAUUGCUAGUUUAUUUUACACAAAUUAUAUUGUAAACUUUAAUUUAUUUUUAAUAAAUUUUUAAAACAAUGAAGCGAGCACGUAUAAAGGCUAUAGUUACAGUUCCAACUCGAAGAAAAGCAACACAAGAUAUAUCUGAUACUGAAAUUAUUAACACAUUUGAGAACAGUGACAAAAAUAAAAAUAUAUCUGAUGAUUCAUUACAACAAAGUUCAGAAAAUAUUUUACAUGAAACACAAGAACAAGAAAAUUUAGAAAAUACAAAAAAGAUAAUACAAAUACAAGAGAUAGAAGAACAAGUGCCAAAUGAACAAUUACCUACUGAACAAUGUAACGAAUAUAAGAAUGAUUCUAUGCAAAAUUCUAAAGAAGAAAUUGUAAAUAUACAGUCAUCAGAAAUUUUAAAUAUAACACAAAUCACUUCUCCUAUAAAAUCAACACAAAAUCGGUCUGGUUUUAUGAAACCAACACCAAAAUUUGAUAAUAAUAGCAGAGUAAGAAGAAACAGUAUUCAAGGAAGUGGAGCGAGUACAAGUGAAUCUGAAGAUGAUAGUAGAAGAUUACCUUGCAGUAUUACCAAUCAUACAAAAAAUGACUUAGUACAAUUAUCAUAUAAUACGAAAGAUGCUGUUACUAAUAAUAUUAAAAACAAUUUAAUAACAACUAAAUUGGGACAAAAGAGACGUAUUUUAGUCUCAGAAUCUACAAGAAAACUAGCAGAGGCUAGAAGAGAAUUUCAUUUAAAACAUGAAAAUAAAACUCCAGAUAGAAGUAAACUUACAAUGUAUGAUUUAAUAUAUUACAAUCCUGUUACUAAUCCUAUGAAGAAAUCUAGUGAAUCUACAACAAGAAAAAUGUUGGAAUAUCAGUCUGAAGAAUUUCAGGAAGAAGAAAAUGAAGAUGAUCCAUCAUCUGCAAUGCCAGUGCCUCAAGUAAAAGUUGGACCAAAUGGUCAACUAAUAAUAGAUGAACAAAGUCUUGUUAUAGAACAAACUAAUGCAAAAAAAGGUAGGAAAGUAUUAGCAAAAGAAGCUAUUAUUGAUGAUGAUAAUAGUGGAAGUGGAUUUUAUAAAAAGCGACAGAAAAGCAAAGAAUGGUCCGAACGGGAAACUUUAAAAUUCUAUAAAGCAUUAAAUACAAUUGGUACAGAUUUUUUGUUGAUGCAAAGUCUUUUUCCUCAUAGAACAAGGCAAGAAAUGAAGUUAAAAUUUAAGAAAGAAGAAAAAGUUAAUAGACAUUUGGUUGAGAAAGCACUGGCAUAUCAUCAAGAAUUUGAUACUGAAAUGUUAGAAAAAUCAUUAGCGACAUUUGAAAAUUCAGAAAAAGAAUACUUACAUAUACAAGAAAAACGAAAGCAACAAAGGACAAAAAGUAAGAAAAAUUCAAAAUCAAGCAGAAGACGAAGAAUUGUAGCAUCUAGUAUUGCAGAAAUGGAUGCAUCUGACAAUGAAGAAGAAAAGGAAGACGAUUUUGGUUUAGACCCAAUAAUAUGUAAAGAAAAUACACAUUUAAAUGAUGAAUGUCAACAAAUAUCAAAUAAAACAAAUAAAAAAAUGUAUAAAAGAACAAGAGAUGAAAGAAAACUGUUGAUCAAAGAAGAUGAUGUAGAAUCAUUAAGUUCAUGUAACGAUGUUGACAGUGACACAGAAAUUUAUCGUGUAAGACCAACAAGAUCUGGAAGAUUACCAAAAAUAAAAAGAUUACAGGGACCUGAUAUAAAUACUCUUGAUAAUGAAAGGUUAAAUUGUUCUUCCAACGAUGAAAUAACAAUUUCAUCAGAAGAUAAUGCAAAAGUUACAGAGAAUUUAAUUUUUGACAAUAUCAAUCUUAAUUCAGAAAUUCAUCAUAUAGAUCCUAUUAAAACAGUUAUACCAAGCAUUGGUAAUGUAGAACCAGGUUCUUUGGUUAUUUUAUCAAAGGAAUCUUUGGAGGAACCUGGUAAAAGUGUUUUACAAGUUUAUAUGGUUAGUUCGGACGUUAAUACUUAAAAUCUCAAAAAAGCUAAUGUAAAAUUUUAGAUAAGAAAAAUGCUAAAUUGAGAAGAAUAAGGGACAAAGAAAAUAUGUAAUUUAUAUUUGACUGCAAAAUGUAAACACAUUGUAAAUGAAGUCCAAGGACUAAUGGAACUUUAACAUCAUUCUUUUUCAAGAAAAUAACUGAGUUGUAACCUAUGGUUGCUUUGACAUUUUUUAUCUUUGUAACGAAUAGAAUAUGAUUCAAUAAAAAUGAACUUUUA